AUGCGCAUCCGUAAGAUCAGCUUCACUGGCAGCGUUGCCACUGGAAAGAGGAUUCAGGUUGCUGCUGCUCAAAGCAAUUUGAAGCGUGUGACGCUUGAACUUGGCGGCAAAAGCCCUGCAGUGGUUUUUGAAGAUGCCAAUCUCGAGAACGCCCUGACGUGGACCGUGAACGCGAUUAUGGCCCGAUCAGGGCAAGUAUGUGUUGCCGCCUCUCGUGUCUACGUUCAGAGGUCCAUUGCCGACAAAUUCAUCGAAGAAUAUGCCAAAAAGAUGAAAGCUGCUGCCGCGAAAAUGGGAGACCCGUCUGAACAAGAUACCGCUUAUGGGCCACUUGUAGACAAGCUGGCCUACGAACGGGUCGAGAAGAUGAUCGAGCGCGGCAAGACCGAGGCGAAAUUAGUUGCGGGCGGUGGAAAGCUCGGCGAGACUGGCUACUUUAUCGAGCCCACAGUUUUCGUGGAUCCGCGUGACGACGCACAGAUCUUGCACGAGGAGGUGUUUGGACCUGUGUCCGUCGUCAUUCCCUUUGAUACCGAGAAGGAGGUCAUUCAAAGGGCUAACGACACCGAAUACGGUCUUAUGGCCGGUGUAUUCACGCGAGAUGUCACCCGGGCCCUGCGAGUCUCGGCGAAGCUCGAUUCAGGCGUUGUGGGCGUUAACUGCAUGAAUGUUGUAGCACCUUUCGGUGGCAAGAAACAAUCUGGUUUGGGGCGAGAGUUCAGUUCGGAGGUCCUCCGCGCAUACACCGAGCCCAAGACCGUAUUGAUCAAGUGA